CCGCGUUUUUCUCUUCUGCCUUUCCUGCCGCCGGCCGGGUCUACUCGUCCCAUCUUGUAGCUGCAGCGGCACCCCCUCAAAAUCGUCCAACCAAUCCCACCAGCUGCUCAUCUCGAAUCCAGCCCGAAACCUCGCGCCACGCGUGCCGUGGGCCCAGUUCGUGCGCGUUCAGCUGCUGCCCCGCGCCCAGGGAUCGGGAAGGCAAGCUCUUUGGUGGUUCCUAAGGGCGAAUCUCGUGGCGAUUCGCUCAGAUUUGGAUUUAGGGUUUAGGAGGCGGUGCUGGUGAUCGGUUUGUGCCGCCGGGAGAGAUGUCGGCGGCUGUGGCGUGCGCGGAGAGGGCGACUAACGACAUGCUGAUCGGCCCGGAUUGGGCGGUCAACAUCGAGCUCUGCGACAUCAUCAACAUGGAUCCCGGACAAGCAAAGGAUACACUCAAACUCCUAAAGAAACGUCUUGCAAGCAAGAAUACGAAAGUGCAAAUUCUAACACUUUAUGUGCUAGAGACUCUAAGCAAAAAUUGUGGGGAUAUUGUUCAUCAACAGAUUGUUGAGCGCGACAUAUUGAGUGAAAUGGUUAAGAUAGUAAAGAAAAAGCCAGACUUGAGCGUCCGAGAGAAGAUAUUGAGUUUGAUUGACACAUGGCAAGUGGCUUUUGGAGGUCCAUCUGGAAAAUAUCGACAGUAUCAUGCGGCUUACCAAGAACUCAGGGCUGCUGGUGUUGAUUUUCCGCCUCGCGAGGAAAAUUCAGUCCCGUUGUUUACACCACCUCAAACUCAACCAUUAAGACAUCCACAUCUAUAUACACCUCCAGGUCAAAGCUAUGAAGAUGCUGCUAUACAAGCUUCUCUUCAGUCUGCCCCUCCUGCAUCUGCCCUCAGUCUGAGUGAGAUUCAAAGCGCUCGAGGGAUUGUGGAUGUGUUAGAUGAAAUGUUAAAUGCUCUGGACCACCGGCAUCCUGAGGGUGUAAGGGAGGAGGUCAUUGUUGACCUUGUUGGCCAGUGCCGAUCCUAUCAAUCUCGUGUCAUGGAUCUUGUUAACAGUACUGGCGACGAGAGCCUUUUAUUUCAGGCUCUAGGACUAAAUGAUGAGUUACAGCGUGUUGUUCAGCGUCAUGAUGACAUAGCAAAGGGGAUCCCUCCUGGUACUGGAGCACCUUUACCUGCUUCUGGAAAUGUCAACCAAGGGACUGCCCCACCUAGGCCCACUGCGGUUUCAUUUUCUCCACUUCUAAAUGUACAUGAGGACGAUGAACCAGAAGACGAGUUCUCUGUGCUUUCCCGCAGGUCUGCGAGGGAUGGUGCAGUAGCACAGAACAAUGUGCCCUCUGCUCCAAGAAAUGAGAGGUCAUACCCAAGCCCACUUCUUCCUCCACCACCAGCAUCUAAGAGGCCUGUUUAUACCGAGGCAAGCAGUGUUGACUAUCUUAGUGGUGACUCCUACAAGUCAGAGAAGGUUUCAGAUGAUUUCAUCAACCCAACUGCUCCAGCUAACAUAUCCACAUCAUCCCAUUCAAAGGCAGAAGCACAUCCACCUCCGAGUUAUGGUGGCAGGCCAGACAGAGUAUCUGACGACUUCAUAAACCCAACUGCACCUAGCUUCUCGGCGCCUUCUCGUCCUACAAAUGAGGAGCCAGCCCGCCCAUCCGUGAAGCGGCAAGAGAGCCUACCUGACGACGACUUCAUAAACCCAACUGCUCUUCCUGGUUUCUCGUCGUCUUCAGCUACUAAGGAGUCUGGCGAGGACCUUCCAAAGGCUCCAUGGGAAGCACAAGCUGCCGCGGGUUCCCUACCGCCGCCUCCGGCGAGGUACGGCCAGAGACAGCAGUACUUCGAGCAGAACGUGUAUUCUGGCGGGAGCAACGAAGGCGGCUACAAUGGACUGACGACACAGACCGAAGGUCUCUCGCUGAACCCGCGGAGCAGCGAGAACGAGAGGAGCGCGGCACGGCCGGCAGCGUCCCGCCCUGCCAAACCUGAGGACUCGCUCUUCAAGGACCUGGUCGACUUCGCAAAGACCAAGCCUUCGUCCCCGUCGAAACCGGCCAACAGCCGCAGGACCCGCUAGAACGACUCGUGCGAUGCAUGGAUGGACAUUGGGUCGUUCGGAUAUUCAUUUCACAGGUUAGCGGCUUUUAGAUGGUACCAUGAAAUAAGGCCGUCUGGAGACUGGUUUUCAUUGCAUAUUUGCAUUGCAUGGGAAAUUGUUUUGGUUGCGUUUAGAGUGGCAGAUGUCAGAAACGUUGCUUGCUCAUAAUCCUGGGUGUGUGAUGUCUAGUUAGCUGCUCCUAAAUUUCUGUGUCGUUGGCUUCCGAUUCUCAUUUUCUUUUUCUUUCACUUAGCUGUGUAUAUAUAUGUUACCCGAUUCGACAGCAAAUAUUCAUAGUUGAGUUUGUGACUUGAGGAAUGAGGUGUUCCUA